AAAAUACCGAAAGUCUCUCACUCUUUCCCUCCCAAAAUUUCCUCGACGCCGGUCCUCUCUCCUGCCGUUAUUCGUUUAACAACCGCCGGAAUUCAGCUACCGUCGGUACUCAAGCAGUAUUUUCCAGCGAAAUUUCUAUGGAAGCUUUCUCUCCGGAUCGAAGUUCAUUUCACAUGCAGAACUGCUAGGUGUGGUCCAAACUCCAAAGCCAACUUGAAGAACCAAAAUUGGAGCAGCUGACCCUCUGAAUAACUUUGUAAAACUAGAGAAACAACUCAAUAUAUCACUUUCAGAAACUAGGGCUUGAAAGGUUGGUUUUCCUGUUUACUGAGAUUAAAGAACCUAAAGGGUGAAUAGUAUUUUUGAGUUAGACCUGCAGAAAAUUUUAGGCGUAAAAGAUAGGUCUUGCUCAAAAACAUUUCUCCAGUGGUUAUAGUUAAUAGCAAUUCUCAUAACUUUUAACUGUUUCCUCUUAACAUAUUAUCCAAAGAAAAAAAAAGCUAUUUCCUCUUGUAACUUAUGGUUAAAUUUUAAUUUAUUAAUUAUUUAAUUAAAUUUAUUUAUUAAUACUAAUAUUAAAAUUAAUGUUAGUGUUUAUAUUUUUUUUAUAUGUAUUUAUAAUAAAACAAAUACUCUUAUUAACAAAAGAAACAAGUUAAAAAAAUCUUUAACUUAUUUAUUUAUGUAUUAGAAAAUUUGGUGGAAAUCAAUCCUUAUUAUUAAGAGCGCUUUCAAGGUAGCUUUAGUGGGCUUAGCUGGCCCAAAACAACAAGCAUUGAAGACGUUUUGAUGGUAUAUAUAUGCUUCUGCUGUUCUGUGUUCUUAUGCUAUAAAAAAAAAACUGCAAGAAACUACCCCUCGAUGGGCUGCUUCCACGAAGGAUUUCCUGCUUAGAUUUGUGCACGUGAUUUGCUGGGUUUGUUUUCUGAAAAUAACAGAUUCUGCCAUGGGCAAUGAAGAUUUUGCACUUGAUUCCAUGGUCUAUGACUCUAAUUUUCACACCAAACCAAAAGGAUGGAGAAGAGGAAAUUUACACAAAGGAUGCCUUUACUCUUCUUCUGCUAUAAAGUCCAAAUCGAGUCGGCAAUCUCAUUCGUCUCGGAGGAGCGGGUUCUGAAGCAAGCAUCCAUCUCCAUUUGCAUCUUUGAUGUCCAUGGUGUUCUCAUUUGGAGGAAUGAAGGUGGCACCUUUCUCAUGCACACCAACUGUUCCACAUGUGGCCCGUUGAGCUUGGUAUGAGGAGUUAGGAUUCUGUGCUACUCCCAUUAUAAAUUUUAUUUACCAGCUUUCAAAUGAAAAUCUGUGGUGAAAUUUACCAAGCAAAAAAUCAAGGGAAACCAAAGACAACAUAAACACAAUGAAAAAAGCACUCGGUGGCAGGUAAUUAGAUUUUGGAUUUAAUAGAUUCUUUUCCAGAUAUGAUUCCUCUUCAUAAUUUUAUUUGAUGAUGUUUUCAUAUGUUUUCAUAGAAAGAACAAUUGAAAGAACAAUCAAAACCCAAGGCCCAUAAGAAGAGUUUUCCUUUUUUUGAACUAUUAAAAGUCUAAAUGUCUUGCUUUUCAAGUGCAAUUUCUUGCAAGGGAAUCUGUUUUGGUGCAUUGUUGUAAUGUAUUUGCACUUAAUUUUUUAGUUCUUUCUAUCGAAAUGAAAAAAAAAAAUAAAAAGUCUGUUUUGACUUUAAUUUAAAACCUGUGAGAAGAUCACAUAAAUUCACUUUUUGAGUUGAUCAUGUUGGCAUUUUUUCUCAAAUUUGAUGAAGAAGCCGUUGAUUUUUGAAGUUAAAAGAAUUUGCAAAAUUUUUUGGGGGACAAGUUUCUUUCAGCAGCCUAGGCAUGGUGAGCACAGCUAAGAUUGGCUCGGUGAGUAGGCAUGGUGAGCACAGCUGAUAUUUCAACCUUUUCGCAUUUGGCCAUUUUAAUCUUCUUGCGCCCUUUUUUUAAUAUUUAUGAUUAAUUUUUCCCUUCAGGCAUAUGAAGUAUGGCUGGGUGAAAGAUACGGUAGUUUGUAAUAUCAGGCUUAUUUGGAAAAGUUAGACUUUAUGAAGGAGAUUUCAUCUUCAUAAAGAUGAUUACUAAGAACUUUCAAGAAUAUUUUAAAAUUAUGUUAUCUAAAAUUCUUUAGUUCAGUGGUUUAGGAGGAUGAGUGUUUAAGGGACUAAUAUAAUUUUUGGUUUCUAUCUAAUAUGCGAUGUUGGACUUUGCAUUUUGUACGGUAUAAUACUUCUAG